AUGGCUUCAACUGCAAAGAGUCCAGCAAAUUCGUCUGUACUUAUUCAGCAAUUAGUUAAGGCAGAGGCUGAUGCUGAAGAGGUUGUACGUCGUGCAAAGGAGAAUAGAAUCCGUAAGUUAAAGGAAGCUCAAAUCUCCGCAGAAGAAGAACUUAUAGCCUUCCGUGAGAAAGAAGAAGCACAAUUUAAUCUUGAAUUCAAUAGUAAUUUUUCAAUUGAUGAUGAUAUUGAUCAGAGUUUGGAGAAAUCAACAGCAGCUGCUAUAGAGGCUGUUAAGAAUGACUUUAAGAACAAUGGAAGUAAUGUUGCAGAAUUGAUAUUGUCUAAAGUCCUAUCUGUAGACUUGUCUAUUCCUGCGACAGUCAUUCAUCUAUCUAGUGUUGGCAAACUCUCAUAA